CGCCGAGGAGCCCUCAAGGCUCCGGGCUCGGCUUCCCGGCGUGGUGAGAGGGGACCCCUCCGCAGCCAGACCCGCGGGGGGCCCUGGGCUGAGGAGCCCCGGGCUGAAGGGCCGUGGCUGCCGGCGGGGCCGCGUCGUCCUGUGCGCGCUGGGCUCAGCCGAUCCCGGGCAGCUUCCCGCCGGGAUUGCUGGCGUGCGGGCUAUGAAUGGGGGGUGUGCCCGUGUGAUUCCCGGUGGUUCCCUGGCCUGCAGGCGGGCGUGCCCCUGGUGUAUCCUGAUGCGCCUGUGUGUGCCAGAAAUUCACUCGUGUCAGUGCUUGAAUAAACCUCCUCCUAACUUCAGGCACUCAGAGGGAAGUACGAUGUCCUUGUCUGGGAACAGCUCCGGCUGAACGUGUGCGCGUUUGACUGUCUCCUAGGGGAGAAAUAGUGAGGCUGUGAGGACAGGUAACAGGGAUUAGAAUAGGGGGAGAGAAUAUGAUACUAGGAGAUACCUCAGAAGUAUAUAAGUGUCUAAAAGGAGGGUAUGAAGAGAAUGGAGCCAGGCUCUUCUCGGUGGUGACAAGAGGCAACUUAUGCCAAGGAAGUUCCACCUAACGUGGGGUGACCGAGCACUGGAACAGAUUGCCCAGAGAGACUGGAGUCUCCCUCACUGGAGAUAUUCAAGAGCUGUGUGGACACAGUCACAACGCACACAGCAAUGUGCUCUGGGAUGACCCUGCUUGAGCAGGGAGGUUGGAUCAGAUAACCCACUGUGUGCCCUGGCAACCUGACCCAUUCUCUGAUUCGGUGAAAAACCAAACUGAAAUUUUAAACUGGCUACCACUGUUCACUUCUUAUGACCUUCCCUCGGUGCUGUGAAGUCUUGUAUGAACAUUGCACCCGUACCUUCAUCUGCACUUGUACAUAGUCUGUAGCUGAUUCAGAAGAAGACUGCAAGUUGACUCAUCCUCUGUUGGAAGAGAUGCAGAAUGUGUGGACCUACUCUUUAAUAGUUUUUGUUUUAAGUAUUCCCUGUCUGGAAUGUGCUUGUACAUAUUGAAGUUAAUAAAAAAAUCCUAUUAACUUACUGAAGUAAAAAAACCCUGGAAAUUAUAUCCCUUAUGGACAGAUAAGGAGAUCAAAAUUACUACAUUAAGAGCUUUCUGCAAACCCUGUUGAGGCAGCGGUAGGUUUCUCUUAAUUUUUUUUGUUCCAGUGGCCUCUGAAAUGAUGCAUUCUUGGUGUUGCUUGCACAUGAUGCUUUGCAGAGGAAGAAGAUACAUCAUAAACAUGAACAAAUCAUAUCAGGUCUUAAAAAAAUGCUUCUUCUGAUCCAAAUGUCAUCUUUACUAUUUCUUUAAGUAAAAAAUCAUUAAAUUUAAAUUCCUCUUUUUAAAACUGAGAAAUAAGCAUUACUUUAAAUAUGCAAGAACUUUGUUUCUCUAAAGUGUAAAAUGGGGACAUUUUAGUGCAUUCUAAAUGAAAUAGUUUUGAACUUGCUGUGAAUCUGUAGAUUACUCUGAAAGUUUACCACACUCAGACUUAUUCAUUCUGCUUUUACCUCCCCUCAGAGACUUUGUGUAUAAUUUUGUUUAUUAGCUUCAUUGUUUCCUUUUUAUUACCAUCACUGUAAUAAACAGUCAUUCUGACAGCGGUGUAUAAUUUGUCCUCCUCUGCACUAUGCCUUAUUCUGUCAAAUAAGAGUGAAAGCACUGGUGAUUUCAUUUAACAAGGCCAAUUUUUGCUUAGCCAUCUGUUACCAUUCUUUGCAGUCUGCUUACCUCCCCAGGAGACCUCUGGUUAGCAGCACAUUCUCUGCUUUUUAUUUCACCCCUCCCUUUUUUUUUCUUCUUCUUUUCUUUUUUCAAACAGGGUAGAAAAGAGAACCUCAAUCUAAAUGCCUUUACACCACAAACCUGGUUGCUUUUUGAAAAUGGCAAAGUGUCGGGACUCCCUGAGUAUCUUGCAACAUCUGCUGCACUGUUCCUCUAAUUGAAAUGUUAUGUUAUGUGUUUCAUGUGCAUGUAUUUAGGAAAGGGGAGAAAUAGCCUGUGCAAAUGUCUGUGAAAUGCAUUUUGUAACUGCAGGUAUUUUCUGUUCCAGCAUCAGUGAUGGAGGCCCCCACCCCCAGCUCCGUGCACCUGAGUGACUGGCAGAGAAGUUACUUUGCUAUUACCUCUGACACCUGCACACCUGCACAGAAGGCAGAUGAGUACCGUGCCAAAAUCCUGCGUAUUCAGUAUGCAUGGGCAAACUCUGAGAUCUCCCAGACCUGUGCUGCCAACCUGUUCAAAAAGUACGCGGAGAAAUACUCUGCAAUUAUUGACUCUGGCAACAUGGAGACUGGCUUGAAUAACUAUGCGGAAAACAUUUUGACUUUGGCAAAGUGUCAGCAGAAUGACAGUGACAAGUGGCAAUCUGCCUUGACAACAGAUAAUGUAUUUGAAUUAAAGUGUGUGCAAGAGAGGAUGCAGGCUGGCAAAAUUUUCCAGAGCUCUCAGAUGGCACCAACAGAUGCCUGUGUACAAGCUGAUAAAGGGGUCAGUGCCUCCGCUGCUCCAGCUCUUUCUAAACUCGGUGUCUUAGGCAGUGCCGGAGAGACUGAGCUCUGUGCUGGCUCAGCAAAAUGUGCAAGUCAGGGACCAGAUCUCCUGGAGCAUCCCUCAUCUUCAAAGUCUCUUCAAAGCCGUGUGCCCCCUGUGACCAAAACUUCAGAUACACUGCUUGCUGCUUCAGCCUCCUUAAGCAAAAGGGUUCAACCAGUUUUCCAGGCAACUCCACUGUUUGGAAGUAAAGAAGCCACAAGUAGUAGUUCUCUGAAAAUGUCAGGUAACUGUUGUGAUGGGCAAAAUUUGUCUCUUUUUAACCAGUCAGCUGCACCUGCUUGGUCUGCAAGUUCUGGGAAAAGAAAAGCAUUCUAUGGUCUGGCUGAUGAAAGCAGCACAGUUAUUCCUAGCCUUGCUCCAUGCCAGCCUCUCAUUAGCACAGAAAACAGUAGUUUUUCAGGGCAUAGAAACAGAAAUGAAGAGAGCAGUGCUCCAGGUUUUAAAACUGCAAAAGAACAGCUGUGGGCGGAUCAGCAAAAGAAAUCUCAGAACCAACCCCAGCGUGCACCAGUCUCAUCAUAUGGAGGUGUAAAAAAAUCUCUGGGUGCAGGCAGGUCUCGGGGUCCAUUUGGCAAGUUUGUUCCUCCAGUUCCAAAGCAAGAUGGAAGUGAAAAUGAAGGAGCACAGUGUAAACCUCACACAAGAGAACCAACAGAUUCAUUGUUGCCUGUAGAUGAACGGCUGAAAAACAUAGAACCAAAAAUGGUUGAGCUCAUUAUGCAUGAGAUCAUGGACCACGGGCCCCCGGUCAACUGGGAUGACAUCGCCGGAGUUGAGUUUGCUAAAGCUACUAUAAAGGAAAUAGUGGUCUGGCCCAUGCUGAGGCCAGACAUCUUCACUGGGUUGCGUGGUCCUCCUAAAGGAAUUCUGCUCUUUGGCCCCCCUGGGACUGGCAAGACUCUCAUAGGCAAGUGCAUUGCAUGCCAGUCUGGAGCAACUUUUUUUAGCAUCAGUGCCUCUUCUUUGACUUCCAAAUGGGUGGGUGAGGGGGAAAAGAUGGUCCGUGCACUGUUUGCUGUGGCACGAUGUCAACAGCCAGCAGUGAUUUUCAUCGAUGAAAUUGAUUCUCUUCUGUCUCAGCGUGGGGAGGGGGAGCAUGAGUCGUCGAGAAGAAUAAAAACUGAAUUUCUGAUCCAGUUAGAUGGGGCAACAACCUCCUCUGAAGAUCGUAUUCUAGUGGUUGGGGCAACCAAUCGACCCCAAGAGAUCGAUGAAGCUGCCCGAAGGAGACUGGUAAAGAGACUGUACAUCCCUCUUCCAGAGGCCUCAGCCAGGAAGCAGAUUGUUACUCGUCUCAUGUCCAAGGAGCACUGCUCCCUAAAUGAAGAGGAAAUUGAACUUAUAGUUAAGAAAUCCGAUGGGUUUUCUGGGGCAGACAUGACACAGCUCUGCCGGGAAGCGUCUCUGGGCCCCAUCCGCAGUCUGCAGUCCAUGGACAUUGCGACCAUCCUACCAGAGCAAGUACGGCCCAUCGCUUUCCUGGAUUUUGAGAGUGCCUUCAGGACUGUGCGGCCCAGCGUCUCCUCCAAGGACCUGGAGCUCUAUGAAACCUGGAACCAAACAUUUGGCUGUGGUAGAUGAACUGCAUCCUGACUGUUGCAGAGGAACAUUCCUUUAAUACUGCCACGUAUUAAACGUGGCAAUUUAGAGUUGUCUGCACUUCUUUUUGUUUCUGUCUGGGAAUUAAACCUUCUUACAUUAUGCAGGCAGAUGUCCAUGCUCUGGCCUGAGGUUUUGCCAGCUGAAAAGACCGUGAGGAACUACUGGUCACAAGAUGAAAAAUUGCUGAACACUGGUAACAGUGAGAAGCUGGCAAAAUUUACAGAUAGCUGCUGUGAAAGAUGGACAAAUUUCACUGAUGUUUAAGGGGGAAUGUGGUCAAACCUCACAUAUAAUUGAAGGGAAUACUGGAGGGAAUCUUGCAAAGCCCACCAUGUUGUAUUGGAAGAGGAUCCAAGUAAUAUCAGAAAUAGCAAUUUUGGGUAGAGAUGUAGCAAAACAGAUUAAUGGGGAAAAGUAGCUAGAAACGCAUUUUUUGGGAGGAGACAGGAGCAGAGGGAGAAAGGGCCAAGGUGGAUGUGGAGUUGCAUGGAAAAAUAAAAGGGGGAAUAAAAGGGGAAAGUCUCUUGAGCAGUGCUCUUGUCAGCCUUGUGACACAUCACUGCAGUCUAUCCCAGCUUCUUAUUAAAAACUUUUUCUGAUGAU